CCACUCUUUUCAGUCAUCUCCUUGGCAACUUCUCCUACACCACUUUUGGCUUCUUCUCCUUCUCGAUCCUUCUCUGGCCUUCUUCUUGUUUCCUUAAGAGACCUUGAAAGACUGCUAUGGGUUCUCUUAUUAUCAGCUUCACCAACGAAGGAAAGGUCAGGGAAGAAAAUACUAGCUUUGGAGAUGCAGCUGUGACCAAAACCUGCAACAAGAAUGGACAGAUGGUGACCAGUCCUGGAAGCAAGGAUAAUUGCCUUGUUAAGAAGGGCACAGGAGGGUGGAAAUAUACAAGCAUCUUGUUAGCAAAUCAAGGCCUAGCAACACUAGCUUUCUUUGGUGUUGGUGUGAACUUGGUGUUGUUCUUGACUAGAGUUCUUGAUCAAGAAAAUGCCGUUGCUGCCAAUAAUGUUAGCAAGUGGACUGGAACUGUUUAUUUGUUCUCUCUGGUUGGAGCAUUCCUCAGCGAUUCAUACUGGGGCCGUUUCUUAACCUGCGCAGUCUUUCAGAUCAUUUUUGUAGUGGGUUUGGGGCUAUUAUCCCUCACGUCAUGGCUUUUUCUGAUCAAACCAACGGGUUGUGGUGAUGGGGGAAUGGCUUGCAUGCCCACAUCCUCAAUUGGCGUGGCCAUCUUUUACUUUUCUAUCUAUUUAGUAGCUUUUGGAUAUGGCGGGCACCAACCAACUCUUGCCACGUUUGGAGCAGACCAAUUUGAUGCCGCAAACCCUAAAGAAAAGGAAUCGAAAGUGGCUUUCUUUGCCUACUUUUACUUUGCACUCAACGUAGGCUCUCUUUUCUCAAACACCGUUUUGGUGUACUACGAAGACACCGGAAGAUGGACACUUGGGUUUCUGGCAUCCUUUGGUUCUGCUAUUAUUGCCUUGCUGUCGUUUCUGAUGGGGACUCCUCGAUAUCGCUACGUAAAGCCAUCUGGCAACCCUCUGCCACGUGUUGCUCAGGUAUUUGUCGCCACCGCUAAGAAAUGGCAUGUUGUUCCUGCCCACCCGGAAGAGCUGUAUGAAGUGGAAGGAUCAGAAUCUGCCAUUAAAGGGAGCAGGAAGAUUCUUCAUAGCAACGAGUUUGAUUUUCUGGACAAGGCAGCAACAAUAAUUGCCAGUGAUCUGUAUGGCCCAAAACAUCCAUGGAGCCUUUGCACUGUGACUCAAGUUGAAGAAGCCAAGUGUGUUCUGAAAAUGUUACCUAUUUGGCUAUGUACUAUAAUCUACUCAGUCGUCUUCACGCAAAUGGCUUCUCUCUUUGUCGAGCAAGGAGACGUGAUGAACACCAAGAUUGGCAACUUUCACCUUCCAGCUGCCAGCAUGUCUGCCUUCGAUAUUUGCAGUGUCCUUAUUUGCACUGGAAUUUAUCGCCAAAUUCUCGUUCCCCUUGCUGGAAAACUAAGCGGAAAUCCCAAGGGCUUAACUGAGCUUCAAAGAAUGGGCAUUGGGCUCAUUAUUGGAAUGUUUGCAAUGCUUGCAGCCGGCGCCACAGAGAUUGAGAGGCUCAGACAUGUCAUGCCCGGUCAGAAGAGUAGCUCCUUAAGCAUACUCUGGCAAAUUCCACAGUAUGUUCUUGUUGGCGCUUCGGAAGUUUUUAUGUAUAUUGGCCAGUUGGAGUUCUUUAAUGGGCAAGCACCGGAUGGUAUAAAAAGCCUCGGAAGCUCGCUUUGCAUGGCGUCGAUUUCUCUUGGAAACUACGUUAGUAGCUUGCUGGUUAACAUGGUCAUGGGGAUUACUGCUAGAGGAAAUAAUCCCGGUUGGAUCCCGAAUGACUUGAAUACCGGCCACAUUGACAGGUUUUUCUUCCUGAUUGCAGUCUUAACGGCUUUUGACUUUGUGAUUUACUUGCUUUGUGCUAACUGGUACAAGGGCAUCAACCAUGAUGACAUCGAGAAAGAAACUGAUCCGAAGCAAGGACAAGAAGAAGUGCUCAGCAGAGUCUAGCGAUCAAUCGAUAUCUUCCCUACUUUUAUCCAAAUUUUGUAUAUAUUAUAUAUAUAUUGAGGUCCAUUAAUUUAUGCAAGAAGAAAGCAUGACCUGUGCUGAUGAGACUUGAAAAAAAUAGUAUUGCUGUGGAAUGAUUGCUUUCUUAGUAUGGCAGGGUCGAUCAGUUAUAUAGCGAUCGAGAUCGAUGAUGUUUCGUGGUAUAUAUAUAUAUAUAUAUUAAUAAGGUUGACCUCACUAGGUAAGGUGUGCUUUGAGUUGUAAGGUUUGAGUUGAAAAUUACUGUCAAUGCAUGGCAUGAAAUGGUGUUUGUUUUCAUGCUUCUGCUUCUGUUCCUCAUUUUCUUUGUUUUGGAGGAGGGCAUUCCUCUUUAAGGAUGCGUUGUAAUUUCCCACUGAUAAAUUAUAAAUAACAAGCAUCAUGCAUGAUUUUCAGUAA